AUGGCCGCGCUGGGUCAGGGCGCGAUGGCCGCGGCGGCUCCCGCGAGCGCCGAGCGUUCGAUUCGGCACCGCCCCCGGGGCCGCCGCUUCCCGUACCCGGCACCGCCUCCGCCCGCUUCUCCGGCCCUUUGCCGCUGCUCCCACCGCUCCUCCCGCACCCGGCACCGCCUCCGCCCGCUUCUCCCGCCCCUUGCCGCUGCUCCCACCGCUCCUCCCGCACCCGGCCCCGCCUCCGCCCGCUUCUCCGGCCCCUUGCCGCCGCUCCCACCGCUCCUCCCGCACCCAGCACCGCCUCCGCCCGCUUCUCCCGCCCCUUGCCGCUGCUCCCACCGCUGCUCCCGCACCCGGCACCGCCUCCGCCCGCUUCUCCGGCCCCUUGCCGCCGCUCCCACCGCUCCUCCCGUACCCGGCACCGCCUCCGCCCGCUUCUCCGGCCCCUCUGCCGGCCGCUCCUCCGGCCGCUCCCCGCUCCUCUUCCCCAGCCUAUCUUCGCGCACCUUCCCCUACAGCCCCUGUCAUUACGGUUCCUCCCGUGCGCCGCUCCUCAGCGGCGCUCCCUGCCGGGGUCAGCGGGAGCUCUGA